GGGUACAAGAUAAGAAAAGUGUUUUUGUGUCCACCACAAAUGCAUAACCAAGUAAUGCUAUUGCUCCUUCUACUUCUUCUUCUUCUUCUUCCUUCACUCAUGUCUCUCUUCACCAAUGCUUCAUCUUCCUCAUGCCCCAUGGAUCUCGCCUACGUUGAAACCAUUCCCUGGAACUCUUCACUCUGCAGAAACCCAGUAAUUAACAACGACUCAUGUUGCUCAACACUGCUCAGCGUCUUCGCCAUUGCCCUCGCACAGCGCCUCAAAGAAACCUCCAUUUUUUACCUUCCAGACGAAGACACUUCCUCCGCUUGCUUAUUUGACUUCAAACUCAGGCUUCAAGCCUUGUCAAUACCACAAACCAUGGUUAGUCUUUGUUUCCCUGACCCAACACGUUUUGUUUACAACUCUUCAGCUUGUGCUGCUAUCAAAACCACGCUAGAUUGGAGGCAAAAGGUGGGCACGGUUACCUCAUUGGACACAUCUUGCAAUGGUGAUCUCAAAAGCAAAACUCGUUGCAGCGUGUGCUCUCAUGCUGCCCACAACGUUACUUCCAUGCUCAAGAGUAUUGACCCAAAGGCUAAUGGCAGAAAGUGUUUCUACUACGUAGUGUUGUAUGCUGCUGGUGUUGUUAACCCGUUUGGCACAACGGAUGUAAGCACCAUGUGUUGCAUAUUAAGCCUGCCUCAACCGUCUAGUGGAGUGGCAAAAGGGUCAUCAAGUAAGAGAGGAAAGGUGAUGAAGCUUGUUUUUUUGUUUUUGGGUGUUGGUGUUGGUGUUGUGCUUGCUUUUGUAAUGAUAGUUGUUUAUAGGAAGUGGGGUAAGAGGAGGAGGGAGAGUGUUUAUCAUAGGGAAGUUGAGAACAAGGUUAGGGCUAGUGUUUUGCCUAACACUGGUGCUAGAUGGUUUCAUGUGUCGGAGCUAGAGCGUGCUACUAGCAAAUUCUCGCGGAGGAAUGUGAUUGGUCAAGGUGGUGAUGGGGUUGUGUACAAAGGGACUCUUUUGGAUGGCACUGUGGUUGCAGUUAAGGAGAUUUUUGAUUUGGAAACUAAAGGGGAUGAAGAUUUCUGCUAUGAGGUGGAGAUCAUAAGCAAAAUAAAGCACAGGAAUCUUCUUUCUCUUAGGGGGGGUUGUGUUACAAGUGGUAAUUUGAAAGGUAAGAGGAGGUUUCUGGUUUAUGAUUUCAUGCCUAAUGGAAGCAUCAGUGAUCAAUUGUCACUUGUUGGGGUUAAUAGGUUAACAUGGCCACAAAGGAAGAAUAUAAUCCUUGAUGUGGCUAAGGGGCUUGCUUAUUUGCACUAUGAAAUCAAACCUCCAAUUUAUCAUCGUGAUAUCAAAGCUACCAACAUACUUUUGGAUUCCAAAAUGAAAGCUAAAUUGGCUGAUUUUGGGUUGGCCAAACAAGGUAGUGAGGACCAAUCUCAUCUCACUACAAGGGUUGCUGGCACGUAUGGUUAUGUUGCACCCGAGUAUGCUCUUUAUGGUCAACUAACUGAGAAAAGUGAUGUGUACAGUUUCGGCAUUGUGAUUCUUGAAAUCAUGAGUGGAAGAAAAGUGAUUGAUGCUUUGAAUUCAUCGACGGAUUCAAUCACGGAUUGGGUAUGGACACUUGUGGAAUGUGGAAGGGUGGGGGAGAUUUUUGAUGAAUCAAUAAGAGAAGGGCCAGAAAAAGUUAUGGAAAGGUUUGUUCAUGUUGGAAUGCUUUGUGCUCAUGCUGUGGUGGCGUUAAGGCCAACUAUUGCUGAGGCACUUAAGAUGUUAGAGGGUGGCAUUGACAUUUCCGAAUUACCUGAGAGGCCAGUGCCACUUGGUCAUGCGUCCUUUCAAUCUUCUCUGUUGCAUGGUUUGCAGAUAAAUGGUUGAAGAUCAAAGCCAUUUGUUUCAUCUUAUUUAAGUGUGGCCAAAAUAUGAAUACAAGUUUCGUUUGUUUUAGGUAAACUUAUACUAGUAAAGUUCAAAAGAAAAUGUUAUAUUCAAAAAAUGUUUGUGUAUUAAAAGUAGGAAAACUAAUUUUAACAGAGGAAACAAAUAGACUGUGAAUAGAAUAAUUAUCUUCUGAAUAUGAGAUUCUUCAUUAAAUUUCCCCCGAAGAUGAUUAAGUACUGGGCUUAAGUAUGCUAGAAAGUUCACAGUGUCUCUUUCUUGUUCUUCUUUUACUUGAUGUUGAACCUAAGCCCCCUGUGAAAAAUAAAAAAUAAAAUCACGAUAGAUAAACUGCA